ACGGUGACGUCACUCCGGGCUCAGACGUCCAGCUGAAAGCUCCGGUAGACUCUCAAACACACGCACCGAUCGGUUCGUUUUUUGCGCUUCUGUCAGGAUUUUUGCGCACAUUUUCUUUGUCUUUACUCCGAAAGCCUCCGCAGAUCAGCAGCCGCCGCUCCGCAGCCGUCACGCCUCAGUGCGGGGAUCCAGCAAAGAUGAAAUGGAUGUUCAAGGAGGACCAUUCCCUCGAGCACCGAUGUGUGGAAUCCGCCAAAAUACGCAACAAAUAUCCCGACAGAGUCCCGGUGAUUGUGGAGAAGGUUUCCGGCUCCCAGAUCGUGGACAUCGAUAAGAGGAAGUACCUGGUGCCGUCUGACAUCACGGUGGCCCAGUUCAUGUGGAUCAUCAGGAAACGCAUCCAGCUGCCUUCGGAGAAAGCCAUCUUCCUGUUCGUCGACAAAACUGUCCCCCAGUCCAGCCUGACGAUGGGGCAGCUGUACGACAAGGAGAAGGACGAGGACGGGUUUCUGUACGUGGCCUACAGCGGAGAAAACACCUUCGGCUUCCAGGCCUUUUACACGGCGCAGGGUUAAAACCUCAACGUUCGCCGGUGCUCACGGCAUCAGACCUAUUCGGCACCUUCGUUUAUGGUCAAUUUUUGAUACUGAAAAACACAAAUUUAUGCUGAAAAUUAACACACACAAAAAGCCAACAACAACAAACAAACUUUUUUGACAGAUGAUCAUCGGGCUCGUCAGCCUUUCCGUCCCGAUCGCUGUUUUAAGGUCAGCUGUGGAGAGAAAAUAUCUUUAAACACUGCCGUAAAACCAGAACAACAAUCAUCACGCAUUAGUCAUUAGUUAGAAAUGUUUUCUUUGUCGUCACAGAACUGCUGUAAUCAUGUGACUAGAAGCAUCGACCACGUUAUUAUAUCAUGUAUCAAACCUUCAGUAUGAAACUUCCAGCAGCUGAACUGGGAUCAGAAUGUGAGUUUCAAAGGCUGGAUGCUGUAUUUGCACUUUGUUUUAGCUGAAUGAGCACAAAAUCAGGAUUCAGACUCGAGAGCGAACCAACACUUUACCAGAAGGAAGACUUUUACCUUCAUACUGUGAAUGUUUUCAGAGUUACAGACACUUGAAGUACAUUAAAGUUUGCACGUUUUGUUUUAUCAUUUUUUAGCCUCAUGCUACAGGAAAUAAAUCAAUUUAAUAUUUUUUGGGCUUAAAAAUGCAACCAAAUCAGUUUUAUAUCCACUCCAGGUGUCACAUUCUACACACAAAAUUAGAUUUUUAUUUAUUUAUUUAUUUUAACUCUGGAGCACAAAUUAAUGGUAAUAAUAUUUCCAUAACAGUCACUAAGGAACAACCUGAGAAUUAAAUGAAUCCUUUAUGAUUCGUUUUUAACAAAUUGAGCAGCAAAAACUACAAAUUAUUAAAUAUAAAGACCCUAAUAUGUCCAUUUCUGAGACGCUACUGUCUCUUUAAGGCCCCCUCCCUACCUAAAAGCGCACUUUCCUCUGAUUGGUUGAUGUCUGGAAGCCUGCAGUCAAUGCAUGUGAGCAUUACUGCCUGUACUUUUUGGGCCUGGUGUAGACUGUGUAUUAAAGAAAGCACCUUGGUUUUUUUUACAUAGUAAAAAAUCAAGAAAAAUCUAUUGAAAUUAAGGCAAAAAUCUGGCAGCACAGGCGCCAAAAAAAUAUAAUUAAAAAAAGUGGAAUACUGUAACUUUAAAAAAGUGUAAAAAUGGUGAAAAUAACAGCAAAAAUGUGUAAAAAUAUGCCAUUUUUAGCUGAUUUAAAUACAGUAAAAGAGCGUAAUUUCACGGUCAAACAUUAUGAAAAGACAAUUUUGGCCUUUUUUUUCACUGUUAGCAUGUUAAUUUUUUUCUGAGGCUUUUGCUGGUUAUUAUCUGUAAUUUCACAAAGCAGGAAACUAUAAAAUAACAAUAAAUAGUUCAAAAAUUUACAGCUUUACAGUUAAACCUGCCUUAAUGGCUGCUUUUCUCUAAAUAGGUCCAUAAAUUACAAAAACUAAUCAUACUUUAUUAAAAGAGACUUCAAACUAGCGAUUGAGACCAUAAACUCAUGUGGAAAAUAUUUACUGAGGUAGAAAAUCCAGUGACAAGUCGGGUCAUUUUCUCACCUUUGUAUAAUUCCUUUUCCAAACAGGAGUUGCCCCCUGCUGGCUGUUAGAAAGAAUGCAGGUACAAGUCACUCGCACUUUACUUUUCAGACCUGGAGGUUAUAUUAUUCUUAUUCUAUUUAGUCUAUUGUCUGAAAUGAGCCAUGUUGGCUCCUGUCUCUUUAAGGCGCCCCUCCCUUAAAGUCCACUUUCCCCUGAUUGGCCAAAUUCCGGAAGCCUGCACCCGGGAGGCUCGUGAGCAUUACUGCCUGUACUUUGUGGUUAUACUGUGCCUGAAGAGAUGACCCUAUAACUUGGCAUGCAAAUUUAAAAAAACAACAACAAACAACAGAAACAAAGCAUUUAGAGGAGUGUGAAUUAUAAAUCGACCAAUAAUCACAUCUGAUAGGGAUAUUGAUUAUUAUUAGUCAAUCAAAAUUAGUCCAAAUUUAGAAUGAGGCAAACACAAAACCACACAAAUAUCUUUAUUUAAUUAUGUUUUACAUGUUUAAUUAAAAGAGGACUUAUCUACAUUCAUCCUUCAGUGUUGAUUGACUGUUAUUAGUGAUGUGUAGCCAAUCAGAUCGUGCGGUGGGCGCGGCAUUAUUGCAACAGAAAAAAGGACGAUAUUUUAAACAGUUUUAGAUAGUCAGAAAUCAAUUUAAAAAGUGAGAAGAUAAUCAGAAAAAUGCUAAAUGUGUGAUCUGAUAAUUAGCUGGGUUGCUAAUCGGUGAAUUCCUAGCCACAUGCUACAUCAUAUUAUUUGAAUUUCUGUUAUGUUUAAUGCUAACUUCUGACAUAAUAAAAUGACAGAAAACAAAGAAAACAUUGUAGGUGCUUUUCAGGAUGUAAUUCAGAAAAAUUUCCCUGUACACAUUUCAAAAGUAUUGAUGACAAUUAUUAUUUUAUGACUGUUUUAUUAGCAGUGGUGAAAUUAAACUAACAUUUAUUCAUUUUCAUGUACUUGCACUUCAUUUUUUCCACCAUUUACUUCUAAUUUAUUCAAUAUUACAAAUAUUACACUUUUUAUUCACAUUAUUAAUAUAAAACACACAUCAGUUGAUAUAAAUGACAUUAUAUUAACCAAUAAAGCAGCUAAAAUUUGCCCCUUCUGCAAUAUUAGUCGCAUCAGUAACUCAAUAAAUGUAAUGUUUUCUCAUUAUUAAAGCUACUUUAGUAGUUUUACUUGAGUAAGAGUUUGACUGCAGGAAUUUUUUUACAGGGUGGUUUUGCUUUUUCUUUUAUUUUUCCCUGCUGGUCAUAAGAUUUUCACAUCUUGUUCAAAUUUAAAUGAUUAAAAACACGCCAGAAACGUUGGUUAAUAACGUCAAUGAAUGUCUAUUUUUAACCAACGGAAUUCUUUGCUUCUUGUUAAUGAAUAAACUGUUGAGGAAUUCUUCCUUUCCUUCCCGUAAAGUGUCUUCAGACCUUCGUUCUCGAGUCUGAAGCCGACAUUUUGUCUGCAGUUUGUGGGUUUUCGGUGCUGAAUCAGAUUUAAAACGUCCGCCAUGUUUCCACCCUUUUUCUUGACCCCAUUAAAAGUGUUCACGUUCGUGCACCUUGAGGCGGAUUCGGGCUUUUCAACAUGUUCUGUAGAUGUGUAAUACUUUCAGGAGCGUCUUAUUUCAUGCGUGCUGUGUUAUCAUUAAAUAUAACCUAAAUAUAACCUAAAGGAAUUUUAGAUAUUUGACAAAAAGGGGAAGGUAGCUGGAAGACCUGACCAAUAAAAAACGAGUGUAAAACGGA